AUGCGAGGGGAUACUUCCGUGCCGACCGCCUCCGCAGAUGCCUGCCUCUUCAUUGCGUCCAUCUGUCGGCGCUGGCGGGAUCUCGCUAAGAGGCACGUCUCGUCGCUGCUGGUGAAGGAGGGCCGCGCCGUGUCUCACCGCGAUGUGCUCAACGCCGUCGCUUUCUUUCCCCGGCUGACCCAUCUGCACCUGGCGGAUUUGAGCGUUGAAUCGCUGGACGACGCGUUUCUAGCUGACCUCGCCUCUUCGUGCCCUUGGUUGAGAGCGCUGCACGUGGGGAUGCUAGCGGUGAAUGGGGGACCGCAUGGAAGCAAUGAGCGCGUGAUCACCGAAUCUGGCUUGGAUCAUUUCUUCCGCCAGUGCGCUCAACUGGAGCAUCUGUCGCUGUACUCAUCCCGUGUGUCCACUCUGCCCGAGAGCUUUGGGGAUCUUCCAGCUUUGAAGGCGCUGGUGCUGCGCCAGCUGCCACUGCUCCGUCUCCCUGCUUCCUUCACCCGACUCGCAUCUCUGGAGUCGUUGCUUCUCGUUGGGUGCAAGGAGCUGCUGGAGCUACCUGCAGGGUUUUGCUGCCUCACAGCACUCCAGACUCUGAGCCUGGCAUGUUCGCCCACCCUGCACCUUCCAGAAGACUUGGGUGCCCUGACCAAUCUGCGAACCUUUGAUCUUCAGGAUAACAGACAAGAGCAGCUGCCGUCCUCAUUCACGCAGCUGGUGUCGCUGACCCGGUUGGAGCUGGACGGGCUGGACAGCCUUAACAAGCUGACGCAGUUGCGGGUGAGGGGCUGUUGCGAGCUGAACGAAGCCCCUCGGGCUCUGCCGCUCAGUCUCCAAGCCUUGUCAUUCAGUAACAAUGAGGAGGUAGCGUCUAUGCUAGACAUUUCAGCACUCACAGGGCUGAGGGAACUGUGCUUGGCCUUUGUGUAUGCAACUCGUCUUGAGGCCAUCAGUGCCCAUCUCCCUAACAUGGAGCACCUGGAACUGGUGCUGGAAGAAGAAGCAGAGAAGUCUCUGUCCCUGCUGGCAAGGCUUCCCCACCUCCGCACCUUGAUGCUCACGGAGGUCGGCAGUGUGAGCAAUCUGGUGGAACCUGGUGGCUCGGCAUUGCAGGAGCUGCAGCAGCUGAACAUCUACACUAGGUCUGAGAGAUUCACAGAGCUGCCUGACGCCAUCACCACUCUCCACCACCUCACAUCCCUUCAGAUCCACGCACCGAAGUUAUCAUCUCUCCCGUACGCCUUUGGGGCAUUGUUAAGGCUGCGCAAGCUGGACUUAUCCUUCUGCUCUUCGCUCGCGCAUUUCCCUGAUUCCCUCACACAGCUCUCUUGCCUGCAUGAGUUGAACCUCUGCGACGCCAGCAUCCGCCUGCUUCCUGCUGGCUUUGCUAACCUCAGCAGACUCAAGAAGCUUGAUCUGGAUCAAUGCGAGCAGCUGGAGGCUCUGCCGGGCGACUUAUGUGAAGGUGAUGAUGCUCCCAUACUCCCGUCUUCUCUCAUCCCCACCACUCCUCUCAUAACCUCCCACUCCUCCCAUACCCCCACUCCUCUCACACCCCCACUCCCACUCCUCUCGUUACAUCCUCAUCAUACUACUCUUUUGCACGAUCCCCUGUCUAUCCCCACACCCUCUCCCUCCCCCACUUCUCCCGCUCCCUCUACCCCUCCACCCCAGCACAGACGGCCCUGCGUGAACGAGGGCGGCAGCAGUGGACGUGUGCUGUACGACUUCAGGACGAGCGUGUGCAGGCUGGCGAGUGCUCCCAUGUCGCCAGCACCAGCCACGCCCUGGGAGGACCUGCAUGCUCCCUGCUGCCGCGCUCACCGAGCGCCUGCCACGCCGCUGCAACGGCGAACGCUGUGUGGGGGCGGCUGCGGGGGUGGCCGUGAGCCUACAGCGCCAGCCCGUUGCACCUGCCGCUUUCGCACAAUGCCCGUCGCUGCACCUGCUGUCGCUGCACGUGUUGUCGCUGCACCUGCUGUCGCUGCACCUGCUGUCGCUGCACCUGCUGUCGCUGCACCUGCUGUCGCUGCACCUGCUGCACCUGCUGUCUCUGCACCUGCUGUCUCUGCACCUGCUGUCGCUGCACCUGCUGUCGCUGCACCUGCUGUCGCUGCAUCAGCCGUCGGCCCGUCGCUGCCUGCUGUAGCCGCCGCACCUGGUGCCGCUAUCUGUCGCCGUUGA